CCGCUCCGGUGCUGCCCUGCGACGGCCCUCGCGCGGCGGCCGUUCGGUGGAGAGCGGCCGCCCCGUCCCGCGGCCAUGGAGGAGUCGCUGCCGCCCGCCCCCAUCAACCCCAACAACUUCCCCGCCAAGCUAUGGCGGCUGGUGAACAGCCCGCGGUUCCGCUCCAUCCGCUGGGACGCCCGCGGCGAGGGUCUGCUGAUCGACCAGCCGCUGUUCGAGGCAGAGCUGCUGGGCCGCGCGGGGCCGCGCUUGGGGGGCGACGGGGCGGCGGGAGAGCUCUUCAAGACCACCAACUUCACCAGCUUCAUCCGCCAGCUCAACCUUUACGGUUUCCGCAAGGUGGUGGCGGGCCCGCCGGGGCCCAGGGCCGCCUCGGAAACAGAGAGUGACGGCGGCUCGGGCGGGCACCUGCACCACUUCCACAGCCCGCACUUCCGCCGCGACCGCCCCGACCUGCUGGUCCACCUCAAGCGCAUGACCAGCGCCAACAAGGCCAAGCUGGCGGCCGGCCUGGAGGUCAGCAGCCGCCCGCCGAACCGCUUCCAGCGCCUGCCCGGAGACCCGCCGCCGUCGCCCCCGACGCCCGGCAAGGCCGACAGGCCCGGGCUGCUGGCUGUAGGACAGUUUCACCGGCCUUAUCAACGAGACAGCUUAUUUCCUUACUCCUACAUCUCAGCCUCACCGCAGAACCACAGCACUUUACCGUCAAAAAGCUUAGAUCGGACUCCAAUCCCUCCCAGAACAUGGCAGAAUUCUCUUGGGCUGGUUCCAGGGCACAAGGCGUCCGCAGCCUUCCCAGACAAGGGGAUUGCCUUUCCCGUAUUCCAGAGGCUUCCGACAGAGGUCACGUACACUCUGCAGUCCAGUGCCUCCCCUGUGACGCUUCAGCAGGUCUCUCAAGCCAUUGCCACUUCCCCUGCAAAGUACAGCAGCUACACAUCUCCCCUGCACUACUCACAAGCCUAUUAUCCAACAGCUGCGCUGCCGUGUUGCUCCCCUGGUACCCACAUCAACCCUCUGACUUGCUGUGCUAGUCCUACAGCUCUGACCUACACCCACUGCAGCUUCUUCCAGAGUCCUCCAAUGCAGUCACCUUAUGCGGUUGAGUUCCUGCCCUCUAACUGGCCGUAUCAUACAUCUGAUGAAAGCAAGAAGACAGAAGUAAAUCUUGAAGCUGUGUUUCAGAUUGUUGAUGAAAUGCGUUCAUCACCUAAAGUUGAAUUGGUGAAAGUGGAGCCUGUGGAGAACCAGUGGUCAAGCCCUCAGUCCAACAGAGGUCAACCGCUGCUAGCUGAUACUGAGAACGACGAUCCACCUUCCGAUGAAGAAAGCCGGCUGGAACCUCUCACCCCGGUGGUGUCAGAUGUUACAUCGUUUGUGGUGGGAGAUCAAGAAGCAGCUUGUUCUCUGUCACAGCCUUCGGAAUAUCUUUACACUCUCCCUGCCGCUGCGUCUGUAGAAUGUGCUGCUGCUCAGGUAGUGCGAGAACCUGUGGCCACGCAGGAAGCACGAGCAAAACUGAGAGAAGAACCAGACCACCUCCCAGCCCAGUUCUCAGCCAUGUUUGUUCGGGAGGUGCAGCCGUUCAGUCCACAGAAGGUGGAUACGAGUGCUAAAUGUCAACUCCUAAGGUCAGAGACAGAAGAGGUAGGAUGCCUCACUUCAGGAUCUGGACCUGUGAAGAAAUCUGUAGAAAACACAGGUUCAUCUGUACAAACCAGAAUCAGAGAGAGAAGAAACAGUUCACAGGAGUGCAAGUCCCCUGAUCUCCAUCUGCUGGUGGAUGUUGCUUGCAAGCAGGAGCACUUUCCAAAGGAAGAAAUAAGAGAGUGAGAAGUGGGUGACAAGUAUGUGAAAAUGUGCAGCAGCUGCCAGCUGGGUUCUCUUGUCAGACCCCAGAGGCAGUGCCCUGCACACAACAGGCGCUUUGGAUCAUUUCAGCUGUUUAAAAGAAAAACAACAAAAAAAAAAACCAACACCAACAAAAGACACCAUUUUUGAAAACUUUCACUUUGUGGGACAUUAGUCACCCCGUGGUUUUUCACACCUCCUCCAUUGCGUUUUCUACCUGACAACUUAUAAAGCAUCUAGCGGUCAGAAUUUUUAAUAUGAGGUCAUUUCUUAGCUGCUCAUCCUCUCAGACGUGGAAAGUCUGAACUCCCCAUAAACUGGAACAACCUUGAGAACUUUGGCCGAACCUCUCGUAGUGGGAAACAAGUUGUUUGUAGCACUGUGCUCACAAUCUUUCUAUUUCACGUGGCUGGAAGCCGCAGCGCACCCUGCGCCGAUGCUGGUGGGUGCUCUCACCAUCUUUGCUUGCAGUCACACUGUGACCCCGUAAUGGGAAUUGUGGACGAAACAAAAGCGUAGGGAAGUCACAAGAUUCCAGGUCUGAACAGGUCAGGGGGUUCGGGAGAGCUGCUGGAGGAAAGAUGAGCUAAUUUUCUGAGUGAUUAACCAGGAAAUGCUCUUCCUUCCUAAAGCGGUGCUCUGUUCAGCAGCAAGCGCGUCCCUGCAGUGGGUAUCCAUUACAUACAACAGCUGCUGAUCUCUUACAUUUAUGGAGAAGUCUUCUGUUUUAGUAACUUCUUUUUGGUUCUAAUGGUAUCUGUAAUGGUAAGUUAUGUGUUGUUUUAGUACUUUAUUUUAAUAGGUCUUAGAUACAUUCUUAUUAAAUAUGAUUGUAUUUAUACCGAUGGUAGAUUUUAGGUUUUGAAUAGCUGUGCAUUUGUAUUUAUGUUAAAAUACUGUUUGAAGGAUGAAGGGGGCACGGUCUGUAUUUGUGUUGUCAGGGAAAUGUACAAGAAAGAGCACUCAGAACAUAAAUUUAGCUGGUUCAUCCAUGUUCAUAUUCUUUUAAAAUUAAUUAGAGCCAGUCCCGAGCAAAACACACAUGAGAGGAGCAGAGAGAACAGGCCAAGACCACCCCAGCUGUACCCUGCAGGACCUCGCCCAGCCUCCAGCCGUGGGCAGGAUGUCCCAAGUGAACGCUGAGCGGUGGGAUGAGCCGAGGCAAAGCCUUUAAUUACUCAGCAGCCAUCCAAACAAAUACAGUCUGAGGAGACCUUCAGGUCAGGGCUGGUGGGAGCGCUGCCAUGCUGAUUGUCCUCAGAUUUGUUCUCCUGUAUCGGACAUUACAUUUGUGCAGUACCAUCCCAGUUGGCGCGAACAGUGAAGGGUGAGGGGGAGACGUCCAAGUCCUACGUCCCAAAUGGGUUCCAUCGCUUUCCUCAUGGAUUCAAGGUGUAAGGAGAUGGAGUUCAGAGGACUUCAGCCUCAUCACACUGGAGCUGGUGCCUCUUUAAUUCACAUUCCCUUUCUUACUGCUGUUUGCCACCAGAAGACUUGACGCUUCUGGAGGUCUAAGUUAGGGAGAUCUCAGCAUCUUAGAUAAUGCUCUAUUGUUCUAAAGGCAACUUACAAAACCUUCGAUAUUAGAAUUUUUUUAAUCUGCUAAUUUAAAAAGGGCACGGAGCCGGACCUCCUGCCGUGCAUCGCUGCUGGAACGCGUGGGUGCAAGCUCCCUUCAUCCUUCACCUGCACGCCCUGACAUAGGGAAAGAGCACCAGGGCCUGGCAGCCUCGGGCAGCCCCCAGGUCCAGUGCCUGGUGUGUCAGCAGCUUCGUGUGCGUGUCACAGUCUGUCCCUAACAGCAGGUAGCUUCUGUAACAGCAGGUAGCUUCUGUAACAAGGUGUUGUUCUGUCACUGUGUUCUGGUCGAUGGCAGCACAGUGCUAUUUUGUUUAAUGCGAGGAUGCUCUUUCGUAGUCCUGCUGAAACAGCGUGGCUGCAGCAAUCUGCAAUGAAUUAAACUUUGAAACCGAA